CUCGAGACAAGAUGGAGCUCGUCCACGGCGACAUCUUUCGCCAGAUUGCAGGCCACUUGGGCACGCGGGACCUGAAGUGCAUCUCGAUCACAUGCCGAAUCUUCUCCGACAUGGUGCAUCACGACGACUCGACACUGUGGAAGGACCAGUUCUACCGACGAUGGAACUCAGUGAACUUCAAGCUGGACCGAUCUGUUCCCUGCAUCGUGUCCGAGAUGGUGCGUCAGGAAUUCAACUCGGACAGCGCUUGUUUCCGGUUCUUGACACAUCUUGUGCAUCGAGUUCCCAUGUUUGCCGAUGUCAAUUACACCCAUGUGACGGCCGGACUGGUUCCCCAACAUCGGUUCCGCGUCCUUGAGUACGCCACCGGCCAUUCGGACGCUCCACUUACGAUAGCCUACGACGGCAACGCUGCGGGUGCUGACCGAUGCGUCCGUGCGAACGCGCCAUUUUGGACAGACCUCCAUGUGACGGUUCAUCGGCGCCGCGGUGGUCCCGGAAGCGAUUACUACGCCGUGGGAAUAACUCGACAUGGGUACUUUGAAGUCAGUAUUCGUCCUUGCCCUCCAUCCUCCACAGACCAACCACGGUCCAACGUCUUUCAUGCCCAACAAGGGAUCCUUCCUGAACUCAACUGCGUCGCUAUUGGGGUAGCUGACCAAGAUUUUAACGUGAUCCGGAACCAGCCAGGUUGGCGGGGGAUGUCUUUUGGCUACCACAGCGACGACGGGCAUGCCUUCCAUCGAUCAUCUCAUGGCCAACCGUACGGACCAACGUUUGGCUGUGGGGACACAGUCGGGUGCCUGCUCCUUGACCACUCGUCUAUCGUGUACACUCUCAAUGGCCAAGCGGCUGGCCCUCCCAUCCCGUGCAGGCCGACCUCGCCGUUGUUUCCUGUCGUCGGCGUUGACACCUCCGACGCGAUCGAGUGGAACUUUGGCCAGAAUCCGUUUGUGUUUGACGUGUCGCCGCAAUGGGAAGCGCAGGACACAAACAUCGACGUGUUGUGGGCAGCUUGCCGGACAGCAACGUACCUGAGCGACGACAGCUCGGACGAGGAUGAAUCUUGGAUGCACAACGCCGCCAUGGACGGCUACAACUUGACCAACGAUUCCGACGACAGUGAUCCAUUCAUCGAAUCCAUGGACGAGUUGGACUGGUCCCUCGACUCGGCCGUCGACAGCGACGAUAGCGACGGCGAAGAAAUGUAAUCGCGACGUUCAAAAGAACCAGAAACACGACGUCCGAGCGCACGUGGCCCCAGCGAGUCUGGGCCAGCCCAAUUAUGCUGGAAAGUAGACAAGUGAAGCGGGUGUACGCUUCUGAAGAGUCCGAGUCGCGAUUGCUGCAGCAUACAUGAGUGGGUCAUGCACCUCUCAUCCAGUUGGUGUACCGCGGCGGUCUGUGUUGCGGUGGCACUCGAUGGCAUGUGCAAAGACGACAAACUUAGCAGCUCCGCCUCCUUCUCGACGAGGUGGCAGUCCCUGGCUGGCUAUUCGAUACGACCUGCACAAACCGCGGCAUGUUGGAGCGGCGUUCGACAUGGCACUGGCUGGCAAGCAUAAAUAUAUCGAUAUGAAUUAAAACACGCGAGAGCCA